GCAGGGAGAGGCUGGAACACACGGAUGGGGCCGUCAUCCUCUCACCCCUGACACACGGACUGCAACCCUGGCAGCACAGCAAGGCUUUGGGAAGGUAAAGGCAUCCUCUGCUCAGGAAUUCCCCACUGGACAGGCCCCCAGCCCCCUCCAAGGUGCCUCUUCCAGGAGGAAGUUCUCUGGAAAUUCUCUCAUCCUCGUGGAGCAGCCUCACAUUCAAGGACAUGGCACAGGCGGUGACAUCGGGCACCUCCCCGCAGCGGCCUCGUCCCUCCUACAUGUACAAGGUGGUCCUGCUGGGCAGCAUGUCCGUGGGCAAGUCAAGCCUGGCCUACAGAUACGUGAGAAACGACUUCAGGGAGCUGCUGCCAACUGUGGGAUGCUCCUUCUUCACACAGACACUCGACCUGGAUGAGGCCAUUGUCAAGUUUGAGAUCUGGGAUACAGCAGGCCAGGAGAAGUACCAGAGUGUCUGUCACCUGUACUACCGGGAUGCCCAUGCUGCCCUCCUCGUUUAUGACAUUGCUAACAAGCAAACACUCAGCAGAGCAAAGCUGUGGCUGGAGGAGCUGGAGAAGAGAUUCCUUCCCAAUGAAAUUGUGAUUGCUCUGGUGGGAAACAAGACAGACCUUGCUACUGAGCGAGAGGUCACCACUGAGGAGGGGGAAGAGCUUGCGCGAACAAAAGGCCUCCUGUUCAUGGAGACAUCUGCAAAAUCCAACCAUCAAGUAAAUGAUGUCUUCAUGGCUGUAGUCCAAGAGCUCCUGAGGAGGGAAGAAGAGAAGGCAUCCAAGCCACCCCUACAUGGGAGGUCGACUGUGGACCUGAGGGGGAGCGGGGAGAGGACGCGGUGCUGCCGGAGCUGAGGACGCGACGCUCUGCGCUCAGCAGGGCUGGACCCAACCUCCACCAGGGGCAGAGACAAACCAGGAGGGGACUCAGAACUGCAGGGACAGCUCAGCCUGACCACCCUCCCUCUCAAAGCCACUUCAGAGUCCAUCCUGGGUACAUGGGUCCUCUUCAACCCUUUAGCACCAUCUUUAGCCAGGAGAUAAAGCACAGGGGUUUCUUUCAGCAAUCUUCCAUUUCCAGAGUAAAGCACAACCUGCCAGGAGCACUGCCACCAGCCCUGACUGGUGACAUCCCCUCACCCCCAGCUGUCACCUCCUCCAUCUCCCCUUCCACCUGGAAAGGGAGGGUUUAAUUUCCUGAAGCAAAGAUCCUGCUGGUUUUACACCCAGGCUGCAAGCAAAGAGAAUAUUGCCCUAAA